AUGGUUUCCUUAGAAGGUGCCUCUAGAUCCGACGAGCCUAUGUCUAGUCCCCGAAUUUCCUUCUCUUCAGAAUUUCUUGAUGAGAAAAACUUCAUAUGCAUUACUCCAAAUGAACAAGCAGAAAAAGAGCGAAAAUAUCAGCAAGAGAGAGCGCGAAGUGCAGCAGAAUUCGAGUUCCUUUCCAACAAGUUAACCAGCGAAAAGAUGAUCACAGCGGACGAGCUGUUCUUCGAGGGUAAGUUACGUCCAUAUUGGCAAAUGCAUUAUGCUGAAAAGCUCAACAAGAUUAGUUUAAAAACUGAACAUGCUGAGGAAGAAAUAUUGAAUAAUACUGAGGUGAAGAGCAAGGAAGAAACUAGGCCAAUAAAUUGGUUUAUUGAUGAGGAUCCAUCUCCUAGGCCACCAAAAUGCACUGUUUUAUGGAAGGAGUUGUUAAGAUUGAAGCACAAAAGAGCUUCUUCAUUAUCACCUUGUUCUUCUACUUCUUCCUCCUCUUCUUCAAGUUCUCUUGCUGAUAUAUCUGUACCAGAUCAUGAGAAAAGCAAAGUUCAAGGAAUCAAAGAGAAGCAUGUGAAGAGGAUUAAGAAAGAUUUGGAGAGAAGUAAAUCAGAAAGUUUAAGAGUUAGACCUGUGAUUCAUAUGCCAAUUUGCACACAGGGAAAAAACACUGCACGGCCACCUUUGUUUUCCCUUAAGAAAGGAAGAGCAAUAGAGAGGUGA